AUGAUUGAGAAAGCAAACAUCGACAAAGAAUAUGAAUACCUGAAGAAAACAUAUCGAUUCCCUCAAAAAGUUUACUGGUUAGACCUAAGUAAAAGACCAAAAGGAAAACAAGCAUAUUACUUUAUGACAUUAAUGAACAAUUGGCCAAUAAAAGUAUUGCUUGAUGAAGGAGCAAGUGGAAAUGUAAUAGGACAAGACAUUGCAGUAGAAUGGAACUUAUUACAAUACCUGGAUAAAGAUAAUAGAACAAAAGCAGUAUUACCAGGAGGAAAAACAAUCUCAAACCUGGGAGAAGUAAAAGUAACAAUCCAAAUAGAAGAUAUUCAAGCACAAAUCAAAGUAACUAUUAUCAAAGGAGAACAACCUUACCUUCUCUUAUCUGAAGUAGAUCAAGCAAGACUACAUAUUACUAAAGAUAGACAAAAUAAGAUAGCCUUAAUCAAUAACAAGCCUAUUAGCUACCAAGAAAUGAGAUCAGAUACAGGUUAUAGGUGUAACAACCUAGCUCGUGAUGGACCUGCUCACUUAACCUUGAGAAACCAACCCCCCUUAUAUUUAUCUAAAUACCUCUCCAAAUGA